AUGCAGGAAGGAUUAGCAGCUCCGCCUUCAUCGCCAGUCAAAAAGAAAAAAAAGGAGAAGUAUGAGGUGAAUGGCAAGGAAAGAAGAAUGAUUGUUAAUAUAUACAAGAAUAUGCAAGUGGGUGAACCAGACGUAUCAAGAGCAACAGUAAUUUGUACAAUAAAUGAAAACACAGGAAUUGGAAGAAACAUAAUUAAAAAUGCAAUAUUAGAGUACGAAAGGACGGGCGAAGUCAAAUCACCAAUUUGGCGCCGGAGGUAUCUCAGGGAGAUAAGAAAAUUUCGCGAAGAGGGUAGAUCUAUCUACUAUUUGGAGAAAACAUGGCUGAAUACAGGCGACGUUUCCUCUAAAGCGUGGUUUGAUGGAUCAAUAAAAUCCCAUAAAGAUGCCUUUCUUCGUGGUCUCAAAACUGGAGCACCAAAUCCAACUGGUAAAGGCAAACGAUUAAUAAUUUUGCACAUUGGUAGCGAAAAAGGUUUUGUGCCAGGAGGAUUAUUAUGUUUCGAGUCCAAAAAACAUUCAGCUGACUAUCGCGAUGAGAUGAAUGGUGUUAUAUUUCGAGAGUGGUUCAAUGAAAUUUUACCGAGGUUGGAUGAUAAUUACGUUAUCGUAAUAGAUGACGCAUCUUAUCACUCAGUAAAGGCUGAGCGCGUGCCGAAUAGCUCGUAG